UUUCUGGUUCACAGUGAUGAGGCUAACCAAGCCUACUUUAUUCACUAAUAUUCCGGUGACUUGUGAAGAGAGAGAUUUGCCAGGUAAUCUAUUUAACCAGCUCAUGAAAGAUGAUCCUUCUACUGUAACUGGAGCAGAAACUUUGAUGCUAGGAGAAAUGCUUACUUUGCCUCAAAAUUUUGGAAAUAUAUUUCUAGGAGAGACAUUUUCCAGUUACAUCAGUGUACAUAAUGAUAGUAAUCAAAUGGUCAAGGAUAUAUUGGUAAAGGCUGAUCUUCAGACAAGUUCUCAGCGCUUGAAUCUUUCAGCUUCUAGUGCGGCAGUGGCAGAACUCAAACCAGACUGUUGUAUUGAUGAUGUGAUUCAUCAUGAAGUAAAGGAAAUAGGAACACACAUCUUAGUUUGUGCAGUAAGUUACACUACACAGAUGGGAGAAAAGAUGUACUUCAGAAAGUUCUUCAAAUUCCAGGUUCUUAAACCACUAGAUGUGAAGACUAAAUUCUACAAUGCUGAGAGUGACCUCAGUUCUGUGACAGAUGAAGUGUUUCUGGAAGCUCAGAUUCAGAAUAUCACCACCUCUCCAAUGUUUAUGGAGAAGGUUUCUUUGGAGCCAUCUAUUAUGUACAAUGUUGCAGAACUGAACACAGUAGACACCUCAGGGGAAAGAGCAUCUACUUUUGGCUCAAGGACUUAUUUACAGCCUAUGGAUACACAUCAGUAUUUAUCCUGCCUAAAGCCAAAGCAAGAAUUUGCAGAGAAAGCUGGAGUAAUAAAAGGUGUAACAGUAAUUGGGAAACUAGACAUCGUAUGGAAAACGAAUCUGGGUGAACGAGGAAGGUUGCAAACUAGCCAGCUCCAAAGAAUGGCUCCCGGUUACGGCGACGUGAGGCUUUCUCUGGAGACGAUACCAGACACUGUAAAUUUGGAAGAACCUUUUGACAUUACAUGUAAAAUAACAAAUUGCAGCAGUGAAAGGACUAUGGAUCUGGUUUUAGAGAUGUGCAAUACGAGCUCCAUCCACUGGUGUGGAGUUUCAGGAAGGCAGCUUGGAAAGCUGCACCCAAGCUCAUCCCUCCACCUUGCACUUACGUUAUUGUCUUCAGUGCAGGGACUGCAAAGUGUCUCUGGCUUAAGACUUACAGACACAUUUUUGAAGAGAACAUAUGAGUAUGAUGAUAUUGCACAAGUCUGUGUUGUUUCUUCCGAAAUCAAAAAAGAAAGUUGAAGAAAGAAGUUCCAUAAAUACUUUUGCUGGGCUUUUUUGGACCAACCUUCUAUGGCUUUGCAGCUGAAUUAUUAAAAUGUGUAAAAAGAAAAAAACCCGAUAUAUCUAU